AUGGUUUUAGUAUCUUUCAGAAUAAACACAGGAAACUUCUUGUUGGAUAUGGAAGGCAGGCCCAGCUGGCUCUUGGCAUGUCACGAGCGGUGGAAUCUCUCCCUGGGGACUCUGAUCUGUAGGCAGCUGGGAUACCUCCAUGAAGUAAUGUGUUUACCGUUGUACCAUCAGGAUUUCCCCCACGGCACCCACUGCUGGAUCUCUGGCUGGGGUUACACCACACCUGAACAUGUUCCUGUUGUUGAGAUGUUGAAGGAAGCUAUUGUUCCCUUAAUCAGCACCAAGAAAUGCAACAGCUCCUGCGUGUACUUUGGUGAGCUCACACCGAGGAUGCUGUGUGCCGGCUACCUGGACGGGAAAGUAGAUACCUGCCAGGUGAGAGCAGGGAGAGAACAACCCCUGUUGUUAAUAGGCCGAGAGGGAUCGAGUCCUUCCCUGCACUGA